AGUAGGCUAAGAAAUGUAAUCCCUGAAGAUUUACAAAUCCUGUAUGGACCUUUAAUUCCAUUAAUGUGCCUCUAGCAUACUUUUUGAUGGAUGUCUUUAUUUCAAAGAACAGAAGGAUUUGCCAACCCCUUUACCUACACUGCUAAUAUCUGGAAAAAAUCUGUUGGUUUCCAGGAGCUACAUUGCUUAGGGUUUCAAUGUUCUUUAGACUUUGUUUACAUACAUUUGAAUGGAGUGCAGCAAACAUCUGCGUUUUACUUUUUAAAUUAAAAUCACAGGUGGGUCAAAUAGAGAAAGGAACACUUUAAAGCAUUGGUCUACAAGAAUAAAAGCUCUUCAUACCUCCCACCUGAAUAAUCACAAGGAUCUUACCAGUAAAUCAUGGGCAGAAGGGGCAUGCCAAGGAUUACAUGACAACCUCUUGAUUACCAUGAUGGGCAACUAGUUUGAGCAGGAACAGGUGUCAGGAUGUAAAAAUGGUACAAGUAUUGGAAGCACAACUGUGAAACAUUUUAUGAGUCUCAGCUGAGCUACAGGUGGUGAAUGCACCUACCUUGCACUUGCAACCAGCCAGGAAAUGGUUACAAAUGUAGUUGCAAGCAAGAAUUCAUAGAGAGGUAAGGAAUUGAAGACAGAUCUGAGAACUAACAUUUAAUUGUUGGUAUUGGAUUUUAACUUCAAAAUUUUUAAAUAAUAUUUAUUUGUAAAAAUCCAAACUGGUUGAGUUUAAGAACAUUUAUUGCUUCAGCAUAUCUCAGUUACUUUAUAUACAACAUCUACUAUGCAAUUAAGUAAACUACCUGUUAAUAACAAUGGCUUCUCUGUUUUCCAUUACCUGCUGUUUUGGAUUGUAUGGAUGUACAGAGUGAAAAUUUGACACUGAGACAGGUUGUGUGGAUUUAUCUCUCUUUCCCAAAUUGAUCUUCAGUGGCAUGUCACUCUUCAUCUGAAUAGAAUUAAAUGGAGUUCUGGAGUUUCAGACAGAUUUGUUGUUCUGUGCAACAUCCACACUGCUGGCAUCAAGAGCAGGAACGGGGAAGCUGCAAUGACUCCAAUUCUCUGGUGCUUGAGGAAUAUCGAUGUGGCCAUUCACACCACUGGCUGGACAGCUCUACAACAUCAGAACAUUCUAGGCCACUUUCCAGUUGCCACAGCUGGGAAGGUAGAACUGAAGAAGGCAACACAAUGAGGGCAUCAAACAAAAAAAUGUCAAACAACUCUAGCAAUCCAGCUGAAAGGGAAACUGAUGAGGUGGUCCUGAGGAGGAGACAAAAACAGAUCAAUUUUGGCAAGAAUACCCUGGCGUAUGACAGAUACAUUAAAGAAGUUCCAAAGAACCAGCGACUUCCAGGAGUUCACCCCACAACUCCCAACAAGUUCAAGAAGUACAGCCGCAGGUCCUGGGACCGGCAGAUCAAGCUGUGGAAGAUUGCACUGCAUGCCUGGGAUCCUCCUGCUGAGGAAACCUGGGAUCUACAGCCCGUUAGUACAGAACCUUCAUGUAGUUCCCAGGAAUGGAAAGAUGAGGAUGUUCCUGGCUCCUUUGUGUUUGAGGAAAAGCAGAAGAGAAAUGAGUGUGAAGAUGAAUGCAGACAGACUGCCUGCACACCUGAGAGUUCCUGUUCUCCCAAUUCUUCUCCAGUCUGGAAACGCAGAAGAAGAAACAAUUCUGACUCCUCUGUGGUUUCAGAGAGCAAAAACCAUUAUCUGCAGAUGUACCCCACACUGGAAAGCCUUACUGACUCAGGACAUCAGGAUGCUUUUUCAAAGUGCUCCAAGUGGGAAGCCUUUGGUGAAAAAGAUGAAGUAAUGACAGUACAACCAAGUAUAGAAAUAAGUGACUCGAUUCCAGCCAGUUGUUCUUCAGCAUGGAACAAUCCAAAACAGAGGAAAUCCAGCUUCUUUCUGCCUGAUAGCAAGACUUGCAGAGAUGCAGACUUCAACCUGGAGAGGCUUAAACUUUGUAGCAGUUUACUGGAUGGACAUCAGUCAGAAUACCCUGACAGAGGAUGGCAAAGUGCAAGUGCUGAAGAUGCAAUAGUGAGGAAAAAAAUCUAAAUACCAAGUCUCUCUUUGUAUAUAGAAGUAUUGAAGAAGGAAUUUCUCCUGUGACAGAAAAAGACUUGAAGAAUAGGGAUGUAGUCUGAGAUCAGCAGAUCAAGUCUUGGAAAACUGGUGCUGUCAUGCAGGAUCUGCACUGAAAGAGGAAGAGAUUUACAGUCAGCAUAUGUGCAAUCAACAUGAGGUGAAAUUAUUCAGGUUUCUCCAGAUCUUUAUAAGGGUAGAUUGUUUUCUGCAAGCUGUGCCUCAAUCUGUGUAAAACUCCAGAUUUUGUGAAGCCUGUGCUGCAGUGACUGUGGAUGUUCCUUAAAGCUUUUGUGAGGACAUUCCUGCUGUGCCUGUUGGCAGGUGACGUGUGCAUUAUAUUCCAAAGGCUGCUUCAGGUGAUGGAUCCUGCCAUUCCCCCUGGAGGUCUUGUUCCUCAGGGUGUGCUGAUGUUUCACCAGUGGAUUGGUCCAGUGUCAAGUCAGACUGAAAAUGCAACUCCUCCAACCAAGGAACCUCCUCUGCUCCACUGGGCCAGAACUGGGCAUCCAGCCUGAAGAACUGCUUCAAAAGAAUGUAGAUCAUUUCAGCCUUCCUUUACUUCAGCCAGUAAAGACAAGCUGUUCAUAACUUCUGGAUUGGGUGAUCACCCAUCUGGCCUAUUUAUUGUUCUCUGAGAUGUAUUAAGGUGGCAUUUGCCUAAGCCAGGUGAGAGAAGAGAAAGGAAAGGUGUGUGGUUUAUCAAAAUCAGAUCCUGUUCUUGAAGGGUUGAGUGACUGUUAGAACAGCAGCACAGCUUAAAUACCUGGAUUUUGCUUUAUGUAUGUUGCAGCCUGACCCAAAGAGCCAGUCUGCAGUUAAAGAGUAGGAGAGGAUACAUUGAGUGCCUGUUCUUCCUACAACUAUUGGGGAUAAAUAGCAGUAUUUGCAGGUGUGGAGCUGCUCUUGUCCAGGCUGAGGGUUGUGAUGGUGUUGGGAUAGGCUCUCCUUCUUGCAUUCUGCUAGCACUGUGUGCAGAAGUUUGAAGUGAGAGCUGUGGCUACAGUGGUUUGGACUAAAUUCACAUGCCAGUUACAAGAAUUUUACAGUCCUUGUGUAGCAUGUACUGGGAUACCAGUGGCUGCUAGAGCUGGGAGUUGUCUCUGCAGGAGUUUGGUUUUGCUUUCCCUUGCUAUGGGGCUGGCAGUAGCCAGGGCCCAGAGCCCAUUGUGCUGCUGAUUUUGAAGUAAGCUGCUUCCUCAGAAACUACUCUCACUCCCAAAAUGUUGUUUCCAGGCAUGCUCAGGCCUUUUUCCCAACACAAGGAUUUAUCAGUCACACAUCACAGAGCACAGAUCAUGUGUGUACAAGGGACACAUCUGUACAGCACUUUUCUAAGAGGUAAUAUUUAGGACCUUGUUGUUCCAGUGUGCAUGUUUCCUUGUGAUUUAUGAUGCUUGUAAAUAAGGGAAUGUGUUACAUUUUUGGCAAUUUGCCUUUAUGCAGAAGAAUUAAAGACUUGAACUUUAAAAAUC